AAAGAAAGCUAAGAUAUAGUUAAUAAUACUAAAAUAUUCAUAAAUUCUAUGCUCAGGCAAUAUAUCGAUUUCUUUUGUUAUCAAGAUGAACAAAACAUGUUUUUUUUUUAAUUUAUUGUAAAUUAAACAACAUUUGCAUACAUAAUUUCUACUAAAGCUUUAAGUAAGCCAUAUAAACCGUUAUAGUUUUAUAAGGUAUCGUAUUUUUAGUACUUUUUUAAAUUGAACGUAUUUUUAUUGAUUUUUCUCUCUUGUAUUAUAUCUUUUCGGUGCUGGUUCACUGCGGUCAUAUAGAGUUAUACAUGGAAAUCUUGCCGAAAUUAUGUUACGAAAUACACGUGUUUAACGGAAUUGUUCGUUUCUAUUAUAUUUAUAAACCGAAAGAGCACCUUGGUGAAGAAACAAAGUAUAAAUACAGGCACGCAAGCGAUGGCUGAAUAGAACAAUUUAAUGGAUUGUAUGAAUAAACGUAAACUUAUACUUGAUGAUCCAUCGUUAGGCAAAUGUUGGAUAGUAUCUAGAAAGUUUCAUGAAAAUCAAAUUGGAUUUUCAAAUCCUAAUGGUUUCUAAAAUAUGUUCUAGAACUUUACCGUGAUAAGAUAGCGUAAUACAUCGAAGACAAUAUAUUAAUAAAAAAAAAAGAUGGUGAUUUGAAGUUAAAAGGCAUCAUUGUUAAGUUUUUGUACGAACAGGAUUCACAUUUUAGAAACUAUGUCACCCGUUCAAUAUGAAAAUUGACAUUAUACACUGUGUAUAUUUAAUUUAUACAUACCGUAUCAAUCCAAUCGGUCGAUGUGAACGAAAAGUUUAUUUCAUACGCAUACAUUACGUGUAUUACAUAAUACUCAUAACACUCGCUAUGUUUAAUGUUCGACACGAUGUCGUAACUGUCAUUUUAAUCUGAUUUAAAGGGUAUACGAAAUACCUGUUUCGCAACGUGUCAAUUAUAACGGCAGAGACGUAUACCGUGUACGAGGGGCAACGGCUUAAUGCUGUUUCAAACUCUGCAUUUUACGAUUCUGUGUAUUUGAUAAAUCAUGUCUUUAAGGAUGAUGCGCUAUUCAGUCGCGUGGUGAAGUAUGGAUUGAUGGUUGAUCUCUGUGUUGCUAAUAUUAUAAGUGCUUGCACAGACGCAAAAAUGGUGAAACCAUCGAAUUAUAAUGUACGAUGUAUUUUAUCUGUAUCGUAAAUUUAAUGUAAAUACGCAGGAAAGAAAUUGUAGGUAUUUUGUGUAAAUGCAAUUGUAAAUAUAUUAUUCAAGCGAUAGCGUAAUCGCUUAUUAACGACAUUGUCAUUCCGACAGCGGCGUGCACAAAACUAUUGUUUGUGAUCUCGUAGUAAUCAAUAAUCAUGUAAUAUAUUAAUGUAUCAAUAGUGUAUUCAUGUAUGGAAAUGUGUCUGUUUUUUAAGUUGCCGUCACACAACAAUAUACAUAAAAUUUACCUUAAUCAUUAGAAACGUUUCUUUUCAUCUAUCGAAUCAUCGCGUACAUUUCACCCGACCGUUUCUUUGCCUCUAAUUUCUUACACGCUUGGAAUGUUGUAUCUUUUGAAAAAAAAAAAAAAAAAAAAAAAAAAAACGCGAACAGUUAAUGGUCAAAAUUUAGUUAAGUAUUCCUUACACCAACAGGAAACGCCUCUGGGUAUAUUCACAGAGGAGAAACCGAACAAUGAUCGUUGCUAAUAAGAUUCUACCCAUUGUUACACACAGAGACACAAGUACCGGCUGGUACUCAUCUAUAGGUCAGCAAUGCGUGUGCGGUCAGUCGGUCGGUCGGUCGGCCGGCCGGUUGACUGUCAACUGAUUCACCCAUUUACAAUGUUCGUACGUCUGGUUGCACGUAUGUAUGUGCAGUCAUUGUCCUGGGUAAUUAGGAUAAAAGUGUACUACGCAAUUAAAGCUUCGUGUGAAAUAAACAAGUGAACAGUACUAUAAAGCAUUACAUAGUUCCCGAUCUUGAUAGUACUUGAAUGGUGUAACGACUUAAAUUGUGAUGUACAAAGACAUUGUUGAUGUCGAUACAACGCAGACUUUUUAUGAACGUUAUUUAGAAAUGCUAAAAAUUAGAGGCUUUAAUUUUUAAAAUAUUUAAUGUUACCCUUUAAAAUUAUAUAAUUCUCUGAUGAAACGCUCGUAAAUACGACAAACAUCAUUUACCAGAAAAGAAUAAGAGAUCACAGAUUAAUAUUAAAAGCAUCUAUUGCAUUUAACAGUAUGAAUUUCGUAAGUGAAAUUGUAAAGUAUAAUGAUAAUGGAAACAUUCGAUUCAACGUAGUCGCAUACGAAACUAUCAAGACCAAAGAAUUCGUUGAAUUGUCUAGAAUUGUUCUACGCGAAUUAGUCUCCCACGUCUAUUAAAUUCAGGCGUUCCGUGAACCACACAACGUUUACUUGCACGGUGGGUAGUAGAUACACAGAAAAAUGUUAAGGACGCAUGUUACCGCAACAUUGUACGUCCGACAAGUCGCACGCAUACACGCGACGAUAUGUGGUUAUCGGGAAGGAAAAGAACAACGAAUAGGAGCACCACCGCGACCACAUCUACAGGAGUCGUGGCCGUGGUCGUCAGAAGUGUGGCUCGAACGAGAAGAGAUAUCCUCCGGUUCGUGAGAGACCUAUAUAACUGUACUGUGUGUCUGGGUCAGGGGGCGGGCCGCCACGUUUAUAGUAUACUCUCUAUAUCGGACAGGUGUACCCCAUUCCGACUCCACGAGUUCUCGCGUGCACCAUCGGGCGACAGCCAGGCUGCAACGUGUCUUUCUAGCUGCCUUGACAGAUAUCGUAGCGCAUCGCGGUAAACACGAAGAGAUCAGUCGCACGGGGAGCCUUCGAGGACACUUAACGAGUCGUUUGGAAGAGCACGAAUCAGCAGCAACUGGCUUUGGCAAACGUCUCUCGGGUCCUACCUUCUCGCGCCGUUCGCCGGUUUCGUCCUCGUUUUCGCCACUGAAAUCGGUCGAGAUCAAUUGUCUGUGCUUUAGAGAGGCUCCGACCGCGCGGGUACGCGGAGAUUUCGCGGCACAUGGUGCUUCAAUCAGUGCGGUGCAUUGCUCGAACCCUCCUUUUCUUUCUCAUCGCACAUCUUUGACACGGAAUCUGGAAAAGAGAAGUCAGAAGUUCAUCAGCGUUAUCACAUCUACUUUCCGAUUGGACAAACGUAAGAUAUUUUUAAGCUCGGUACGGUUAGAAUACUUCACCGUGGACGCUAACACGGUAUGCGGUGGCGAAUCUUCAUUUUAGCCUGUCUCCUACUAAAGGGGCUGGCUCGAACGGAGGAUGUCGAGGUAGUCGAGGCAAUUCCCGGAGAGGACAGUCGUAACGAUAAUUCAGCCUUGAAUCGUCAAGACAACGACAUAAAUACCUCGGACCAAUUGGCGUUAGAAUCGUUAGGCGAGAAGGAUGCCGGUGGUAAUCAUUAUAAACCGGGUGGUCUCCGAGGUCAUCCCCUCCCUCUUUCGCCAAGUCGAGGUGGACUGGGACUACCACAUCCGAGACCACACCAUAACGUCGCAUAUCAUGGUCCACCGCCACCCUUGCCGCCAUCGAAAGCGUCAUCGGAGGCCAUUGACAAGAUCUACACAACGGGUAGUGGAAUUAGCACAGCUGUAGGUGCAGAACCCUGGCCAGCACCCACGCCAGAUAUGCCGAAGAUCAUUUCGUUAGACGUGAAGUGCGAGAAAAAUCUAAUGAAAGUUUACCUCGGCUUUGAUAAGCCGUUCUACGGUAUAGUCUUUAGCAAAGGCCACUACAGUAACGUUAAUUGUGUGCACUUACCAGCAGGCUUAGGACGCACUUCGGUUAACUUCGAGAUUAGUAUUCACGCGUGUGGCACAGCUGGCAAUACAGAGAAUGGUUUAUACGGGUACGGCGCUGAAUCCGGGUCAGGAACGUACUUUGAAAACAUUAUCGUGGUGCAAUACGAUCCGCAAGUUCAGGAAGUUUGGGAUCAGGCGCGAAAGCUGCGAUGCACUUGGCACGACUUGUACGAGAAAUCUGUUACGUUCCGUCCGUUUCCUGUCGACAUGUUGGACGUGGUGCGCGCCGACUUCGCUGGCGAUAACGUUGGUUGCUGGAUGCAAAUACAGGUCGGGAAGGGUCCAUGGGCGUCCGAGGUCUCGGGACUGGUUAAAAUUGGUCAGACGAUGACGAUGGUACUCGCGAUAAAAGACGACGAUUCGAAAUUCGAUAUGCUCGUGAGAAACUGCAUGGCACACGACGGAAAACGAGCGCCGAUUCAACUGGUCGAUCAGAGAGGUUGCAUUACUAGACCGAAGCUUAUGUCGCGGUUCACUAAAAUUAAGAACUUCGGCGCGUCCGCGUCGGUUCUCUCCUACGCUCAUUUCCAGGCGUUCAAAUUCCCCGACUCGAUGGAAGUGCAUUUUCAAUGCACCAUACAGAUAUGUCGCUAUCAAUGUCCAGAGCAGUGCUCCGAAUCUCCUUUGUUGCUGGAGUCUCAAGGUCUUUUGGAGAAUCAUCAUCCUCCAUCUAGUGGACAUCCUGACUCUGGCUACGGUCUUCCGCCCCCUAUUCCGCUUCCUUUGGAAGCGUAUUUGCAGGCGGCUGCGGGACGUCCUCGAGACGAAAGACGAAGAAAAUCCCGAGAAAUAAUGCCGAGUCCUCAGAAGGCGGUCGGAGUCAAUCGUAUAAUACGAGUUGUUUCUACAGGUGACCUGACGUUUUCCAUCGAUGAAUCGAACAAUGGAGAAUCGAGCGGAUCGACGAUGAUCUUCCCUGUACGAAAUGAGAACACCGCGAACGCGGCUAUGAUUUGCAUGACUACUCCAGGUUUCGUCGUUACUCUCAUAGUACUCCUUGCCGUGUUAUUAUUCUCGUGUAUACUCUCCACCUACCUCUGUCUACGCCUAAGACCAUUCUCAGGAAAAGCUAGGAAGGCUGCGACGUACUAUAACGAAGAACAAAGCACGCCUAAAAAGUCAACCAGGACGUGUUUUUACUCAUAGGUUCAAGCGAUCAUAGCGUUGUGAAACAUGUACAUUGUGAAACGUUAUGCUGUCGAUCGGUUUUACUUUUACGUAGAGAAGCUUCGUAUCAAGCGGGUUUCUUCCUAGAGACUGGUUUGACGAUUUUCAUAGUGUUAAAUUAUUUAUUGAAGCAAGUAUAAAGCUAGAUACGCAUAUUAUUUAAUAUUUUGCUACGGGAUUGCUCAAUAAAUCGGUUGCCGGAUCUUUUAUACCGCUAAGUAUACAAUUUCGUUCUGGCAACUUACUUGUUAGUUUUUAUUUCAUAUUUAUUCCCAGACCGAUCAAGAUUUAUAUUUAAUAUAUUGAAUGUCGCGCAAACCGGUCCUCUUGGUCGCGUCAUUACAGGUAUCGUAGAGGCUACAGAAUGUCGCAAGCACAAUUCUGUACAUAAACACGUAUCAGACAGAAUAUUGUUCGUAUUAAAAUAAAUAGGAUGCUCUCUGCUACGUGUACAAUGUCUGUUCGAUCAGAACGGUUAACUAAUAUGGAUUUGUGCUUCGUCAUAACGAAACUUACGCUCAAGCCCUUGCUGGCGACUGUGUAUAGACACUCUAAAAAUUUAGUCAAAGAUAAUCAAACAUUUUGCCCUUGCAACUUCUUCGUUACAACCGUUUCGGGACCAUGGUAUCUGGGUAUUUCCUUUUUUAAUUAAUCGUUACCCGUUACAUACGUAUUGACAAUAUGUAACUUGAUGCAACUAAGGCUGAAAUAUUACGAAAAAAUAGUCCAAAAAAUGUUUGUCUUUUAACAUUGUUGACGAUAUUUUAUUGUUUUAAUAUUAUUUAUUCAUUAGAUAAUAACGUUUCAAAUGUUUGCGGCUUUAUAUGCUGUAUGUUGUGUAUUUGUAACGGUGUAAGAGCCAGUCACUAUUAUGAAACUAUUAAAAAAUCUGCUAUCUCGAGUUGAAUAAUUCUAUGUGUAAGUUAACAAUAAAUACGAAAUGUUUCGCUUCAGUGAAGCGAACACUUUUAUACGUUAGUUUAUGUAUGCACGCGUUGCCAUGUAACGGAGUUUCUUCUUCCAACUAAAUAGAGUAUGUAUCUUUAUUUAAAACAUCGUAUUAGCAAUUAUAGUAAAACGUCGAUUAUUUUCCAAUAAAUGAUUUUGCGCAUAAUCGGUUUAACAGAAUAAAAAUAUGAAACUUUCCGUAAUAGAAUAGAGAAUAAAAUAAUAUUUAAUGAUAUACACUCGUGUAUUAUAUGAAAGAACACGUAGUACUGAAGUAUAAGAAACAAAUUAGAUUUAGCUAAAUUCACUACUCCCUCUGAAGUAGAUAUUUGAAAGGUUAUAAUAUUUUUGUGCUUUCAUCUAUUUUAAUACAAUAUCCAACGAAUUAAAAAAUUUUACUUCUACCUUCCCAAUAAUAAUUUUUCAGCAAAGGCAGAUAGAAAAAUAUUAACUGUAUUCACAAGUUUACAUCCUGAGUCAUCAUUGUCUGCCUUUCUGUUAAGAUAUCGGUUUAAUCGAUGAUGAGACAUUCUAAUUCGGUUUUAAAUUGCUAUUGUAAUUGCUACAUGUUUCGUUUAAAGGUAAAAUGUAGACGUGUAUUUCGAAACGUGAGUAACGUUGAUAUGCAACUCAGAAUGCUACAGAUAGAUGAUAUAUUCUUGAUUUUGAUGAUGAUUAUCGAUCUGUCGGACAAUCGGUGUUUGUGAUAUAAUCGACGUUUCACUGUAAAGAAAUUGAAACCGAUGUGUGGAAAAUCAUAGACAAUAAACAAUGAUCAAUCUCGCAUUACUAUAUGGUAUGUAUCGAUCUAUCGUAUACGAAAAAUGGAGUUGAAUAAUAUUUUCCGCUAAUUACACGAGUGAAAGAAUAUGAUACAAAGCGUUAAGAUCAAGUGUAUAAAAGAACAGUCAGUAGCUUGUAAUAGCAUACAAAAGAUUAUAAUUUAAUACUUAAUAUUAAUGCAUAUAAGCAUAUAAAUAUAAAAAUGUUUAUAAAUUAUUUUUCAUCGAUGAAAUAAUGUAUUUUUUACAAGAAUAUUAGUACUUUAACUUUUGUAUGCGAGUAAAUAUAUAAUUGUAUUUACCAUCUUUUUUUACAUGAAUAUUCUCACCUGACUAGCGAAUAUAUGGGAAAUCGACGUUGUUUGUGUUCCAUUGUAAAUCUUAAAUUAUUUUUCCCUUGGGAGGUAAAAAGAC